UCAAUCACUUCUAAAAUCCUUCUUGCAGAAAUGAGGUUCCCCAUUAAUUAAUCUCAUUCUCACAACCAAAGCCACUCGUUCUCUUCUCUCUAUAUUUUCCCUCCUACUUUUCUGGACACAACCACCACAGCCUCUUCCUCGAGCUUUUCCAGGGGAAGAAGGUGUUUAUUUACAGUCGUGGCCGUCCAAGGUGUGUGUAGAUUUCAGAGGGCGGAGGAACAAGAUGGGGCUUUGGUCAUUGUUCCUCGUGGCUUCUGCACCGAUCAUGCAGGUCCUUCUUAUAGGGUUGCUGGGGGCCUAUCUUGCAUCAGGUUACAGUAAUACACUCCAUGCCACUGCUCGGAAAGACAUGAACAAGAUCGUGUUUACGGCCUUCACACCAUCUCUGAUGUUUGCUAGUCUAUCGAAAACUGUGACUCUCCAAGAAAUCAUAUCUUGGUGGUUCAUGCCUGUCAAUCUUGGGAUUAUAUUCCUAAUCGGAGGAAUCCUUGGUUGGAUUGUUGCCAAAAUCUUGAAGCCGCCGCGGCAUCUCGAAGGCCUUGUAAUGGCUACAUGUUCUUCAGGUAAUUUGGGCAAUCUGAUGCUGAUCAUCAUCCCAGCGGUUUGCUCGGAGAAAGGCAAUCCGUUCGGCGACCAGGCGAUGUGCAGUGCUCGCGGCCUCUCCUAUGUUUCCUUCUCCAUGGCGCUUGGAGGCUUCUACAUCUGGACAUACACUUACAGUCUCAUCAAGAAAGAUGGUAAAGUGUUCCAUGGGAACCAAUCAGAACCCCAUAGAUUUACCAGUAACGAAGCUAAUGCCAUGAAGGAAGGUGGUCAAGGAGUCUCUACAACUCAAAACAUCCUUCCAGUGACAGCAAAAUCAGAGGAGGAAGUGGCAGAAACCCAACUUGGAACUCCAUUAUUGAACAGUGGCAGCGUUCCUGAUAAAGGAAUGAACAUAUGGAACAAAAUGAAAGAAUCUCUGCACAAUCUCGUUGAAGAAUUGUUGGCACCACCAACUCUUGCUGCGAUUAUAGGAUUCAUUGUCGGAGCAGUCCCAUGGUUGAAGUCUCUUUUCGUUGGUUCUAGUGCACCACUCAAAGUAGUUCAGGACUCCAUCAAAUUACUAGGAGAUGGCACAAUACCCUGCAUCACUCUCAUUCUUGGUGGAAACUUGACUAGGGGAAUACGCAAGUCGAGCAUUAAACCUAUGGUGAUCUUUGCGAUUGUUUGUGUUCGAUAUGUGAUCCUUCCGUCGAUCGGGAUCGCUAUUGUACAAGCAGCAUAUGAACUAGGAUUCGUGACAUACGACCCGUUGUAUCGUUAUGUGCUAAUGAUACAGUUUACUGUGCCACCAGCCAUGAACAUUGCUACAAUGAAUCAGUUAUUUGAUGUUGGCCAAGAGGAGUCAUCUGUCAUCUUCCUAUGGACUUAUCUGAUUGCAGCAAUUGCAUUGACAUUCUGGUCUGCAGUAUUCAUGUGGAUCUUAUCUUAGAUUUGAUAUGCUGUGUCUUUCCUCAUAAUAAAAGGAGGAAAAUUAUAUUUAAUUCAAUUCAUAAAGCUGAGAUCAGAGUUGAGGUGCCAAUUUAUAUUAUAUGAUUGAAGUGACACAGAUUGUCAGUUCAAUUUCAUACAA